GGAAGGCGAGGAAGAUUCAGGUGGACGAAGAUAACGAUGAAGGGGGCGCGAAGGUGGAACAGAGCUCCUCACCAGCUGUAACUACUCCCAGCUGACCGCGUGACUCUAGCUACGACAGGCAUAUCCAGCUCAAAUCCGGGUCGGAAAGCUUUCAAGAAGUCUUCGUUGCGCCAGAGCAUAGCAUUUAACGACCUGCCUCAAGAUGAGAGCGAAAAUGGAGGGACUGAUGCCAGCACUGGCCCUCCGGUCAACAAACCUACAAUUGGUCGCUCGAGUUCGUUGAUGAAAAAGAAGAAACCUGCAUCUGCAAGGCUAUCGUUUGGACCUGGCGAGAUUAUAUCCGGAGAUGCAGCAGAAGCAUUGGAAGAUAACGAGGCAUUCACGCCAAUGAAAGCUACGUUGGGAAGACGGGCUAUUGAAGGAAAUUCAAUGCGGAAAAGUCUCCCUCUCAGGACACCAGACGAUGAUGAGGAUAGGCCUACCUAUAGUAAAGAUUAUCUAAAUGAGCUGAAGAGUUCUACGCCUACCACACUCAAGGAUUUGCUGGUUCAACAGCCUACCGUCGAAGAUGAGGAGAUGUUGGAUGCUUCGGAGCUGGAAGGAGCGGUGAUUGUUGAUGUAGAUGAGAAAUUUGGAUCGAGUCCUGCAGUCAUACCAAGUGAGGCAGAAAUCAGAGAGAAGAAGGAGAGGAGAGCGCGUCUGGCACACGAGAAAGAUUUUAUAUCACUGAAUGAUACCGGCGAUGAUCGGCGACAUAUAUCUCUUUUGCCACGGAAAAAGGAAAAGGAAACCAGAUUAGUGCGAGAAGAUGAGGAUUUAGGAGAAGGUUUCGAUGAAUUUGUUGAUGAUGGCCGAGUUUCACUGGGCCGGAAGCAGGAAAGAGAAGCAAGGCGGCGCCAUCGAAAGGAGAUGGCAGACAUGAUCCAUCAGGCAGAAGGCAGUUCAGGGGAAGAAUCAGACGAUUCGGAAGCAGAGAGGCGAGCUGCUUAUGAAGCUGCUCAGACUCGCGCUGGCAUGGAUGGCCUUCACAAGCCAAAUGACAAUCCCGAGUUCAGCGCUGCCCAAAUUCCAACGAAGAUUACGCCGCUACCAGUUUUAUCAGAGUGCCUAGAGAGGUUACAAGCAACUUUGAGCACUAUGGAGCAGGAAUUAACAAAACGGCAGAAGGAAUUGGAGGAGUCGAGGCAAGAGAAGCGGGAUAUUGCAGUCAGGGAAGCCGAGGUCCAGGAGUUGCUGAAACAGGCAGGAGCUCGAUAUGCUGCGUUGAAGGCAGAUACGAAUGGCGCUGUGGCUGAUUCUCAAACAUUGGCAGAUGCGCAUUUUCACGGACUUGCAGCCCCUUUGAUAGUUAAUCGAGGUCUGGAGAGCUUCGGCAAUACGCCCACAGUCAGGCCAGACAUCGAAGAUGUACCUUAGAAAGCGGAAUAGAAAAUGAUUGUUCUGCUGCCUCUUGGACAAUCAGAAGUGCUUGAUGCC